AUGGAAAUCAAAGAAGGAAUAGAAAAUAUAACGAUUGACAGAAAAAAAAAAAAAGAUAAAAAAAAUAAUAAAAAAAAUGGUAAACUAAGUGAUAUGGUAAGUUGUAUUGCCUUUUUAUCAAAGGAUCAAAAAUGUUAUUCCAAAAAAAAACAAAUAUACAGUGAUGAAGAAAGCAGCGAGGAGUCUGAUGUAGAUGACAUUUCAUAUAAAAGAAAAAAAAAAAAAAAAAAAAAAAAAAAUAUGAUCGAUUCAAUAUUUCACAAUGAAAAAAAAAGUAAAAAAAUAAUAUCAGAAGAUUUAAUUAUAUCUAAUACUAAAAAAUAUAUAUAUGAAGAUGAACUGAAUAUUGAAAAAACAGAUUCUAUUAUACUAAAUGGAAAAAUAUAUAAUGAUGUUGGAACAUUGGAAUUACACCUUUUUAAUUAUGAUCAAUAUAUAUUUAAUAUAUAUGAUGAUACUAUAAUAGAUAAUUAUCCUUUAUGUAUGGAUAUUAUAAAUUCGUCUUAUUAUAAAAAUACAAAUUUAGUUGCAAUAGGUACGUUAAAUAAAGAUAUAGGUUUAUGGGAUAUUAAUUUAAUGGACUCUUUAGAACCAGUAUGUUAUUUGGGAAAUCAUGAUAGUAAUUAUGAGAAUGUUUAUUUAAAUAAUAAAAAAAAUAAAAAGAGGCGGAAAAUAAAAGUACAAGAAGAAUUACCAAAUAUCGAGACAAAAAAUGAAAAAGAAGAGGCGAUGGUUUAUGAUGAUGCUACAAUAGGAAAUAAACCAUCUAAUUCUAAAAAAAAAAAAAAUAAUAAUAAUUUAAAAAAUGAACUUGAAGGGCAUACAGAUAGUGUAACAUGUAUAAAUAUUUCGAAAAUUAUCCCAAAUUUGUUAAGUAGCGGUUCAAAGGAUCAUACUAUAAAAUUAUGGGAUUUGAGUAAUCUUAAAACUUUGCAUACAUUUGAUUUUCACAAAAAAAAAAUAAAUAAUCUUAGUUUUCAUGAAAAAGACACGAAUCUACUAUUGUCUACUUCCUCUGAUAAAACAUUAAAAAUUUAUGAUAUUAGAAAAAAUAAAGUAGGGUUAGAUAUCGAAUUGGAUAGCACCCCAGAAUCAACAAUAUGGAGCAAGCCAAAUGAUUACACAAUAUAUUUAACUGAUGUUCAUGGAUAUAUAAAUAAAAUAGAUAUAAGAAAUGCUAUAACAACACCAAACAUUUUUAAUAAUAAAAAAAAUAUCGUUAAAUUUAAAGCAUUUAACACAUCCUGUAUAUCAUUAUUAAAUCUGAGCUGUAAUACAAACUUAUCUUUGGCUGGUUCAGAAGAUGGAAUCAUAAAGGUAUUUGACUUUUCCAAAUUUGACGAAAGUGAACAUCCCUCCCUUAUUUAUACUCGAAACAUCAAGAAGAAUCUGUUUUUUAUGAAAGAUAAUACAGAUUGGCCACAUGUCGUAUUUCUAGGAUGCGAUAAUUUAUAUGAUUGGGAUUUGAAAGAAUGUGAAGAAAUAAGUAAACAUUUUAAACUAUGA